UUUGAUACCCUCUCCCCAGAGUGUGUGAGUUGCAACAAGUUAUUUUGAGGGUCUGUCCUGUCACAGCUGUUGUCCCAGUCACUUGUGUCCGAUAGGACCCUCUUCACUCCUCUCAUUCCUUCCUUCUUUCUCUCUCUUCCCUUCCUGCUGUUCCGGCCAAACUCGAGUGAUGGAGGCCAAGGUACAGGCAGUCCAGCCCGGUCCAACAGAGACCCUGGCCCUGGUGGUUUCCCCCAAGACCCAGGUCCAGCCAGAUCCUCAGAACCCUUCCUCAGACCCCAUGGAGGAGUUCAGUAGGCAGCUUGAGGACAUCAUCAACACCUACGGUUCUGCUGACAGCCUGAUGGACAAACAGAUUGUCAUGGUGGAGUCCGAGGAAGACAAGAUGGAGGAGGACCUUGACAAUGUCACCAAGGAGACAGGCGCCAACAAGGAUCCGAAGGCCGAGAAGAAGUUGUUGAAGGGACUGGGGAAGGAGGCCUCGCUUCUCAUGCAGAGCCUCAACAAGCUCCGGAAGCCGGAGGAGAAACUGGAGGCUGUUCUCAAGCAGUACGCUGAGCUGGUGGAAGAGCAUCGGGCAGAGCAGAGGCAGCAACGCGUGCUCCAGCAGAAGAACACCCACAUGCUGAAGGAAAGAGAACAUCUCCAAUCCGAGCACAGCCGAGCCAUCCUGGCCCGCAGCAAACUGGAGGGGCUCUGCCGAGAGCUCCAGAGACACAACAAGACUCUGAAGGAGGAGACUCUGCAGCGCUGUCGGGACGACGAGGAGAAAAGAAGGGAGAUCACCACUCACUUCCAGAGCACGCUCACCGACAUCCAGGCCCAGAUCGAGCAGCACAGCGGCCGCAACACCAAGCUCUGCCAGGAGAACGCCAACCUGGCCGACAAGCUCAAGAGCAUCCUCAACCAGUACGAGCAGAGAGAGGAGAGUCUGGAAAAGAUCUUCAAGCACCGUGACCUGCAGCAGAAGCUGUCUGAUGCCAAGUUGGAGCAGGCCAAGGCUCAGCUGCAGGAGGCAGAGGAGAAACACAGGAGGGAGAAGGAAUACUUGCUUAGGGAGGCAAUUGACAAAACAAAGAAAUGCUACACAAUGAAGGAGCAGGAGUUGCAGAUGAAGAAAAAGCUGGUGCUGUAUUCCCAGAAGUUUGAUGAGUUCCAGACCACACUGUCCAAGAGCAACGAUGUGUAUGCCAGCUUCAAGCAGGAGAUGGAGAAGUGUCUGAGGAUCGACAAAUUGGAGAAGCUGUGCCGUGCGUUGCAGGAUGAGAGACAGUGCCUGUACACGAAGAUCAAAGACAUACGCCACACCUCCGCUGAGGAAGCUACACCCACCCAGACUGACCCAGAGGUCCCUGGGGCGCCACAAGUGCUGAUCCCAGACCUGGAGCUACCAGAGGAUGAUGUACUGACAGAGAUGUCCAGGCUGUCCGCAGAGCAGGCCAGGCUGCAGGCCUUCGCUGCCUCGCUGUUGGCGCCCUCUACUGCAGGGGAGGAUGAUGACGACUCAGACAGCGAGGAAGAGGGGGAGUUGGUCACAGAACCUGCCCAGACCGGGGCCCAUGUCCCGGUUCCAGCCCUGCCCCAUCCGGUCUCUGAGCCCAAACAAGAACCAGUUGAGGAAGAAGAGGUCCAUAAGUGUUCAGAACCAGCUCCAGCCCCAGAAGUCCAGGUCGUUCCUUCUGAAUCCUCCAUAUCAGCACCCGUUCAAGCUGACAAGGUCCAGGAGUCUCCAGAACCACAAGUGGUCCCAGAUGUACAAGUCGUUCCUGCUGAAUCCUCCGUACCAGCAUCAGUUCAGACAGAGGAGGUACCACUGUCUCCAGAAUCAGUGCCAGAACCAGAACCUGCACAGGUAGCUGUCACACUAUCCUCAGCACCGCUUCCAGAGAAGGAAGAUGCCAGGAAGGGAAAUGAACCCAUCCACUCUCCAGCAGAACCAGUUGAGCAGGCCUCGGUAGCAGCUAAGGUACCAGUAGAAGAGGUGAAGGAGAUCCAGAAACCGAAUCCAGCACCAGAACCAGAACCAGUACCUGGAGCAGCUACCUCAAAAAGCGACACAGCCAAGCCCGCCCCCUCCAGGGCACAGCCAACCAGAGGAGGCCCCUCUAAGACACCAAAGAAGAAGAACUCUAAGAAGGCUAGCUGAGAAGUGAGGGUUUUGAGUGUGUAAGUGAGCAUUAGUCAAGUCUAGUAAGUACCUUCUGUGGCGGUUAGGAUGUGCUGUAUGAACAGCUUUGUUUGUCUAGACUGGUGCACCUGCAGAGUUGUCACCUUGAAGUGAGGUAUAUCAGAUGGCGAAAGACACAGAAAUGUACUAUACUUUUCAGAUACUGUACAAAGACCUUCCAGACUGUUGCCGGUGAAUGGAAACAGCCACAGAAUGUUGCGUUUUGAAUCCACAAUGAUGUAACUGGAAUAAAGGUCUUUGUAUAGACA